GCAUCAUCAACUAGUGAGCCGAGUUUCCUUCCGGUAUAAACAUCGCUCCCGGGCUUAUACAUUGACGCAUCAGGUUGAUAAACGCGUCGGUCAUUUGUUAAUCAGCUCGUAACUUAAGAAUGGAUUGCGACGAAUUCAGACUUCGCGGUAAAGAAAUGAUCGAAUACAUCUGCGGCUACAUUCACAACAUUGAAUCGAGAAGAGUGACUCCAAGCAUCGAACCAGGAUAUCUCCGGAAACUGCUUCCCGAAUGGGCUCCGAAUGAUCCAGAAGAUUGGGAUAGUAUCAUGGAAGAUGUCGAAUCGAAGAUUAUGCCUGGGGUAACUCAUUGGCAGCAUCCGAGAUUCCAUGCUUACUUUCCCAGCGGUAAUUCAUUCCCUUCAAUAUUAGGCGAUAUGUUAUCUGAUGCAAUUGGUUGUAUCGGAUUUUCUUGGGCUGCCAGUCCGGCUUGUACUGAAUUAGAGACGAUUGUUUUGGACUGGCUUGGCAAGGCUAUUGGGUUACCAGACCAAUUUUUAGCAUUCAAACCAGGCAGUAGAGGAGGGGGCGUGAUACAGACAUCGGCUAGUGAAUGUGUCUUGGUGUCAAUGUUAGCAGCCAGGGCUCAAGCCCUUAAGAGAUUAAAACAGCAACAUCCGUUUGUAGAAGAAGGUGUGCUUUUAUCGAAACUGAUGGCGUACUGCUCAAAAGAGGCUCACUCAUGUGUUGAAAAGGCUGCGAUGAUUUGCUUUGUCAAACUAAGAAUUUUGGAACCUGAUGAGAAAUGUUCGUUGAGAGGAAAGACUCUGUUAAUGGCCAUGGAAGAAGACGAAACAAUGGGCCUAAUACCAUUUUUUGUAUCAACAACAUUGGGCACUACCUCAUGUUGUUCCUUCGAUAAUCUCCCGGAAAUUGGAGAGGUGUGCCAGAAGUUUCCAAGUGUAUGGCUUCACGUGGAUGCCGCCUAUGCGGGCAAUUCAUUUAUAUGUCCUGAGUUGAAAUAUCUCCUAGAAGGUAUUGAAAAUGCCGAUUCAUUUAAUACCAACCCCAACAAGUGGUUGUUGACGAAUUUUGAUUGUUCAACUAUGUGGGUAAAAGACAGAAUAAGACUAACAUCUGCCCUAGUAGUGGACCCACUUUACUUACAACAUGGAUACUCUGAUGCCACCAUAGAUUAUAGACAUUGGGGUGUUCCUUUAAGUCGCAGAUUCAGAUCAUUAAAGUUGUGGUUUGUUUUGAGAUGCUUUGGAAUAUCUGGUCUGCAAAAGUACAUACGUUUGCAUAUUACUUUGGCAAAGAGAUUCGAAAGUCUUGUUUUGAAAGAUAAACGAUUUGAAAUAUGUAACGAAGUAAAACUUGGACUAGUUUGUUUCCGUCUAAAGGGUCCAGACAAGCUCAACGAAAAGUUGCUAAGCAACAUCAAUGCUUCUGGGAAACUUCACAUGGUACCUGCUAAUGUAAAUGACAAAUAUGUUAUCAGGUUUUGUGUUGUCUCACAUAUUGCAACGGAAGAUGAUAUUGAUCAUGCCUGGAAAGUUAUUUGUCAGACUGCAGAUGAUCUCUUAGAACUUCAAGUCGUUGAAAAGGAGCAGGAGCUUCAAGAUGAAGUCUUCGAUCUUCUUGAAAGAAAGAAGAAAGAGACACUGGCCCAGAAGAGAAGCUUCUUUGUCCGAAUGGUCAGCGAUCCGAAGAUCUACAAUCCCUCCAUUGCCAAAUCCCUACCAUCUACCAGAAGACAUUUGACACAACCCUCUAUUGAAUCUCCUGAGAGCAACAUUACGAUCGUACCACCAGCGAGCGCAUCUUGGAUAAGUUGGCCUCUAGCCUUUCUUUUCCAGGGAAUUAAUGAAGAAGGAACUGCGAAUAACGUCCCCAUUCGUUUUCGUCAUCUGGAAGCAAAAGUGAGACUAAAGGGAUCGGGAAAAAGCGGAGCGACUUCACCAAGGCAAUCGCCAUCACCUGAGGGAGAGAAUAGCAGUUCUCCUAAACGAUCGCCGACCUCUUCACGAAAAUCAUCCCUCACCCCUUAAACUGAUAAGUCUUUAUUAUGCUUUAGGCAGCUUUUGUCAACUAUGGUUUUAUUUUAUUACACUAACUGCAGUUCUUGAAUUUUUGAUGAAACGGACGUUUUUAACGAAAGCCUGUGGUAGGCGGGAUUUUAGCGCACACGGUAUUUUCUUAUUCCUGCGCAGCACCAACAUCUGUAAAUCCUAUGACGAAUACUCUUAUGAUACCGGAAAACAAAUUAUUUUAAUGAACACUAGUCUUGAUCAAGUGAUUACGUUAAUGCAACUGGUCGCUUACUGUCUCUUGGCGCAUGCAUUAUGCGUUAAGUCCCGCCCAAACCAGGCUUUCAAAAAAAUACAAAAUUUGCAGCAGCGCACAUAUUUGCGCACAUGGAUGGUCAAAGGUGCGCAAAUAUAUGCGCCCAUGGUUGGAAAUGGUGCGUUUGGCAUUUGAAUAGUAAGAGAAUAUAGAAAUGUAACCUAAAACUUUUCUAAUUUGUAUUUAUUAUCUUGAGUUUGUUUAUAUUUUAAUUAUAACCAGAGGGGUGGUUGUCAAAAUUUAAAGGAGACAUUUAUAUAAAACCGAUAUUUUACUUUUUUCUUGUAAUAGAUUUUCAAUAGUGGCAAUAGUUGUACUAAAGUAAUACACUGUAUUAGUAAAAAGUAAACAUCCCUUAAGUAUUAGAUUUAUCAAUUUUGUUAUGAGUUGUUUGUGUUAAAAAAUUAAACUCAUCUACUAAAAACAUCUUAAAUACUCAUUAUGUACGCAUGCAUAGUAAAUUCUACGGUUAGCUUUUUUGCUCUGAAUAAAUAUAUGUAUAAAUAU